UUACCAAGGAGACGAGCUAAUGCACGCCAUCUACAAACGUCUGGGAACCUUCGAGGUGGAAGAUCAGAUAACGGCGGCCAGGCUCUAACCAUGAGAAGCUUCGUCUCCGUGGCUGGACUCGUCCUCUUCCUCGUCUUCGUCCACAGCAGCUGGCAGACUCCUCUGCAGGACGCCGACGACACAAACAGUGUGGAGGUGGAGGAGUCGGGGCAGCAGCAGCGUUCUUCGUCCUCUUCGUCCUCUCUGGGCGUGAAGAGACACUCUGAGGGGACGUUCUCCAACGACUACAGUAAAUAUCUGGAGGACAGAAAAGCUCAGGACUUCGUCCGCUGGCUCAUGAACAACAAGAGGAGCGGAGCAGCAGAAAACGUGGAGGAGAAGCGUCAUGCCGACGGGACGUUCACCAGCGACGUCUCCUCCUACCUGAAGGAGCAGGCCAUCAAGGAGUUCGUGGCCAAGCUGAAGGCCGGACAAGUCAGAAGAGCAUCGGAGACGGCGGCGGCGGCGUUGAGCCGGAGACACGUGGACGGCAGCUUCACCAGCGACGUCAACAAGGUUCUGGACUCCAUGGCAGCCAAGCAGUAUCUACUGUGGGUCAUGACCUCCAAACCUUCAGGGGAGAGUAAGAAGAGACGUGAGGAGCAGUGA